AUGCCGUCGGGCCGGCUCUCGGCAUCCGGCAACCCCGAAGUGCGGGACCCCCUUUGGGGAGGGGGCCAUCGAAGCGGCCCGAGCACCGCUGCAGGACCCAGGGGGAAACAGGUCCAGCAGGUGCUCCCCGCCAUUACCACAAUCGACCCUCUGCCUGAGGCACGUGGAAGCGAUGCUACCCAGCAUGGUCCAAGCGAGUACUACGAGGAGUACUGCGAAUUGAACCUCUUGCUUGCGGAGCUACCUGGCGACUGGCGAAGCCGACUGUCCCUUUGCAAGACUAUCCUCGGGCCGACUGGCGACGCCGAGCUGAAUGUGGACGAUCUGGACACCUUCUUCGCUAUCGAGGCCCAGGCCAUGCUGAAAGCGAGGGCUCUUCUCGGGAUUGACGCCGACGACUCCGCCAGCGUGGCCAAGGAGCAGGACCCAGAGGAGCAGAUCACCCUGCUCAACACGAAGGCCUUUCUCGGGAUUGACGAUUCCCCCCAGCGAGGCCGAGGAGCAGGACCCUGA